UAAGCACCGGACAAAAUAGCCGAACUAAAACACAACGCUCACAAUCAAACAGCACCGCCCGUGGCUAUGAUGGCCUCAUCGCUGAUACCGCGGCUACUAUUUACCGUUUGCAUCGCCAUCAGUUACCAUUCGGUGCUCCAUCGUGAAGCCGAAGCUGCCAACAUUUUGGGUGUUUUACCAACAUGGGCCAAAUCUCAUUACAUCAUCGGGGCGGAGUAUAUGCGCUCGCUGGCUCUGGCAGGGCAUAAUGUGACCGUGGUGACACCUUUCCAGCUGGCGGAUGCUCCACCGAGCUACCGCGAAAUUGUGAUGGAUGGUAUUUUGGAUGCAUCCGCUGGCUUGGAGAAAAACUAUUUCAAAUACAAGGAAGGCUCGUUCAUAAUGAUCCUGUCGAUGUUGUACAACGGCCUUGCAGACACAACAUGCAAUUUCGUUUUGAAACAUCCUAAGGUUGCAUCUUUGAUGAAAUCUGAUCAACAGUUCGAUGCGGUGAUCGUGGAAUCGUUUAUGACAGAAUCCAUCUACGGAUUGGCACAACACUUCAAUGCACCGCUGAUUGUAUUCUCUACCUUGGGAAGCAAUCUAUGGACCAAUGGACUGGUUGGUGCCUCCGCGCCAUUUUCCACUGUGGCACACCUGAUGCUUGGGCUUACUGAUCAGAUGAAUUUUUGGGAAAGAAUGCUUAAUACGGUUGUUGGGAUUUCGGAACAGAUUUAUUAUGAAGCAGUAUAUCUACGAAGACAGAAGCGAUUCUACGACGAAGCAUUCCCUCAAGCAAGCAUGAGUUUUGAACAGCAACUGAAGAAUACAUCAUUAGUUCUGUUAAAUCAACAUUUUGCAAUAGGCAGUGCUAGAUCUUAUCCACCAAAUAUGGUUGAAGUUGGUGGAAUUCAUAUUCGAAAGAUUCAGCCUUUACCGGAGGACCUCAAACAAUUUCUGGAUGAAGCGCCGUUCGGGGUGAUAUACUUCUGCAUGGGAUCUCACAUCCAGUCGAAGCAUUUCCCUAGGAACAAACGUGACAUCUUCCUUAAGGUUUUCUCCAAACUGAAGCAGAAAGUUCUUUGGAAAUACGAAGACAGCUCGAUUCAAGACGUCCCUAGAAAUGUUCUGAUUCGAUCAUGGAUGCCACAGAAUGACAUCCUCGCUCAUCCCAACGUUAAAAUGUUCAUUACCCAUGGGGGCCUCCUCGGAACGAUGGAAGCACUGUACCACGGAAAACCAAUCAUCGGCAUACCGAUCUUCGGUGAUCAGUUGAUGAACGUGGAAAAGGCCGUUCGGUCCGGUUAUGGGCUCCAGUUGGACUACGAGGCUAUCAGUGAAACAAAUGUCGAGCGAGUGAUCGGAACACUUUUGUCUGAUGAAACUUUCGCAAACAAGGCCCGCCAAAUCUCCAACUGGUUUCACGAUAAGCCGAUGACGGCAGCCGAAGCAGCUGUCUUUUGGACAGAGUAUGUGAUAAGGCAUCGAGGAGCGGUUCAGCUGCGUUCACCAGCGACGGAUUUGAUGCCGUGGCAGUAUUAUUUGCUGGAUGUGGGCUUCGCUUUAUUGGGGCUUGGACUGAUCAGUUUGAUAAUGGUAUGGAAAACUGUGAGGGUUUGUAGUAAGCUGGGAAAAAUGUUGAGGAAAGCUAAGCAAGAAUGAUUUUAAAAUAUGUGUUUGUCUGUUGAAAUUUUCUGAACAAUACAACGUAAAUAGAAUAAGUGAGCAUUUUAUUUAUAUUUUUCUACUUUUAAUUUAGGUGUUUUUACUAUAAAUUAAUUUAAACAUUUA